GAGAAUAUUAUAUGUAUAUAUAUAAAUAUGAUGCUGGUUUUCAACAAUUAUAUCAAAUCAAAGCAAACAUCAUUUAUAGAACAAGUGUCAACAAUGAAUUCAGUGUUAUCCUUUUGUGUGUUAGCGAUUUGCUUUGUGUUGUUUUGUAACACAAUAGCAUUACCUGUGGAGGAAGCAGUCGAUGGUCUUGGAACCUUUGAAGGAAGUCUUCCUGAUUCCCCUGUACAAAAUGCAGAAUUAAACAGUGAUAGUUCCGAUCAAGCUUUAGAACGAGCUAAACGUGGUUACGGAUAUGGUUAUGGCGGUUAUGGUGGCUACGGAGGCUAUGGUGGUUACGGACGUCGUUAUGGCUAUGCCUAUGGGUAUCCACGAGUUUCAUAUGGAUAUGGGUAUGGUUAUGGCCGUUCAGGGUGGGGCGGGGGUUAUGGAGGAUAUUACCGAAGAGGAGGAUAUUGGGGAUAAAAUAUAUUUUAGUUUUUUACCCGUAACCUUUAAGAUAUUAUUUUA